GUAUCGCAGCUGGCAAGUUACUUCGAACCCUUGGUUUUAGCUGCAGUUGGCGUGGCAUCCAAAACACUAGAUCAUCAGCAACAGAUGACCGUGUUGGACCAGAGCAAGACGCUAGCAGAAUCUGCCUUACAGAUGUUGUACGCUGCCAAAGAAGGGGGGGGAAACCCCAAGGCAUCCCAUACUCACGAUGCGAUCACUGAGGCUGCUCAGCUGAUGAAAGAGGCUGUGGAUGAUAUAAUGGUUACCCUAAAUGAAGCUGCAAGUGAAGUAGGCAUGGUUGGAGGCAUGGUAGAUUCGAUAGCAGAGGCAGUGAGCAAGCUGGAUGAAGGUACACCUCCAGAUCCCAAGGGAACAUUUGUUGAUUAUCAGACCACUGUGGUGAAAUACUCUAAAGCUAUUGCUGUAACAGCACAGGAAAUGAUGACUAAGUCGGUUACUAACCCGGAAGAGUUGGGAGGACUUGCAUCACAAAUGACCAAUGACUAUGGGCAUUUGGCUCUCCAGGGCCGAAUGGCUGCAGCUACAGCAGAACCAGAGGAGAUAGGGUUCCAGAUCAGGACUCGGGUGCAAGAACUUGGCCACGGCUGUAUCUUUCUUGUGCAAAAAGCUGGAGCUCUUCAGAUUUGCCCUACAGACAGCUACACCAAAAGGGAGUUGAUAGAAUGUGCUCGUGCUGUCACAGAAAAGGUCUCCUUAGUUUUAUCUGCCCUUCAAGCAGGAAACAAAGGCACACAAGCCUGUAUUACUGCAGCUAGUGCUGUGUCUGGGAUAAUUGCAGAUCUAGACACCACUAUCAUGUUUGCUACUGCUGGAACCCUUAAUGCUGAGAACAAUGAAUCGUUUGCAGACCACAGGGAAAAUAUCCUGAAAACGGCAAAAGCUUUAGUUGAAGAUACAAAAUUGUUGGUUUCUGGUGCUGCCUCAAGUCAGGACAAGCUAGCCCAAGCGGCUCAGUCAUCAGCUAACACCAUCACUCAACUUGCUGAAGUAGUAAAAUUAGGAGCGGCUAGCUUGGGAUCUGAUGAUCCUGAAACACAGGUUGUCCUGAUCAAUGCUAUAAAGGAUGUUGCAAAGGCCCUUUCUGAUCUCAUUGGUGCUACCAAAGGAGCUGCCAGCAAACCAGCAGAUGAUCCAUCCAUGUACCAGCUGAAAGGUGCUGCUAAGGUGAUGGUAACAAAUGUCACAUCGCUUUUGAAGACUGUUAAAGCAGUAGAAGAUGAAGCUACUCGAGGGACAAGAGCUCUUGAGGCCACCAUUGAGUACAUCAAACAGGAGCUCACGGUGUUUCAGUCAAGCGAGGUUCCAGAAAAGACAUCAUCACCUGAAGAAUCAAUCCGGAUGACGAAAGGAAUCACCAUGGCAACUGCCAAAGCUGUUGCAGCUGGGAACUCAUGCAGACAGGAGGAUGUGAUUGCUACAGCAAAUCUGAGCCGCAAAGCAGUAGCUGACAUGCUAACAGCUUGUAAGCAAGCAUCAUAUCACCCAGACGUCAGUGAAGAAGUUCGAGAGAGAGCCCUGCGCUUUGGAACAGAAUGUACCCUGGGAUACCUGGAACUCUUGGAACAUGUUCUCCUGAUCCUUCAAAAACCAACUCCAGAACUGAAGCAUCAGUUGGCCUCUUUCUCCAAGAGGGUUGCUGGUGCUGUUACAGAGCUCAUCCAAUCAGCAGAAGCAAUGAAAGGGACGGAGUGGGUGGAUCCAGAAGACCCAACAGUCAUUGCAGAGACAGAGUUACUAGGGGCUGCAGCAUCAAUUGAGGCUGCAGCAAAGAAGUUAGAGCAGCUGAAACCAAGAGCCAAACCAAAG